GCUCAUCCUCAUCAUCAACAACCUCACCUAACAAAUACACGAUGCCUCCUCUUCCCCCUUCCGCCAACCCUUUACCGCGGUUGAUCACAUAUUAUCAAACUCAUCAUGACUCCUCUGGAAAUCUCAUCUCGCCCCUCUCCCUCAUCACACAACCUGGCAUCGCCAUAACCCACGUCAUUGUCGCCGCCAUUCACAUCAACGACGAUCCUCAAAAGAUCACGCUCAAUGAUUAUCACCCAUCUCAUCCCAUUUUCCAGACUAUGUGGGCUGAACUACGUGUGCUGCAAGCCUCGGGCGUGAAGGUGAUGGGCAUGCUGGGUGGUGCUUGUAAGGGCAGCUAUGCACGCCUGGAUGCUGACCAAGAGAUGUUUGAUCGGUACUACGGUCCUGUAAAAGACAUGAUUCGAGAGCGUGGUUUGGACGGCCUGGAUCUGGAUGUUGAAGAGGAAAUGACCCUGGGAGGAAUUGUGCGGUUGAUAGACCGUCUACGCAGCGAUUUCGGGCCAACUUUCAUCAUCACCCUUGCACCAGUCGCCAUGUCCCUUCUUGACUUCACCAAGAAUCUCAGCGGGUUUGACUACGAAGCUCUCGAAGUCAUGCGCGGUCGUGAUAUCGCCUGGUACAACACACAAUUCUACUGCGGCUGGGGAGAUUGCAGUAAUCCCCUAAUGUACGAUCUCAUGGUCCGCAAGGGCUGGCCACCAGAGAAGAUCGUCAUCGGACUUGUCACCAAUCCUGAGAACGGAAGCGGCUAUGUGCCGAUGAACCCUCUCAACAUGGUACUCACGACGUUACGGGGGCGGUAUGGAUCAUUUGGAGGCAUCAUGGGCUGGGAAUACUUCAACAGUUUGCCGGGAGGAAAAGAACGGCCGUGGGAAUGGGCGAGGGAGAUGACCAAGUUGUUGAGAGGACAUUUGUUAUCGGCACCUGCACAGGCUACGCAAACAGUACAACCAACGGUGGUUGGAAGUGGUUCGAAAGCAAAGACCGAAGAUGUUGAUCCAGAUGGACCAGGUGGACAAGAUGCACCAGUGCCAAAACAGUUUGAGUACUACUCGGAUGGGCUUGAUGAUUAGACAUAGAAAGCAAUCCGGCUUAGAGACAGAUGGCUUUCACGUUGCGGGCGAUGGCGACUGUAUAGCCCUUCGCAAUCCAAUGCGAUGAAACGAAUAGACCCGUGUUACAAAGGCAGUCCACUUGUGAAGAAAGUCCAACAUCCCUUAUAUAAGGCUUGUUACUGAGCUUCUUUUACAAAUUCCGUCAAUUUCAACACAAUUUGUUUCAUACAUUUCAGGACAAGAUAUGUUUAUG